GUAACAAAGGGACCUAAAUGCUGAUUACUUUAAAAUGAAACAUCUAAUAAUCUAAUCAGAUUCUCCUUAUAAUUGUGUUUAAUAUUUGGUUUAAUAUAUCUCUAUAAAUCCUGAUCAGACGUGAUCUGGUGUUUUAUAUAACAGGCAGUAGUCGUAGGUGUUCUGAGCGCUGUUCACUAUGACAGAAGAUAAAACCAUGAGCGAGCAGGAACCCGGCUCUGCUAAACAAAUCAACCUGGAUGAAGUCGCGGUUCCGGCGGAGAAAAGUUCAACCCAGCUAGAGGAGACAAAGAAGAACGGAGAGAGCCAGCCGCCCGCGGGGGAGAAGGUAGAGCCAGCCGAGCAGGAGUAUCCUGAGGGCGGCUGGGGCUGGGUGGUCAUGCUCGCCUCCAUGUGGUGCAACGGAUCUGUUUUCGGCAUCCAGAACGCCUUCGGGAUCUUAUUCGUGUCCCUGCUGAAGGAGUUCGGAUCCGAAACCGACGAGGAUCUGCGCUUCAGGACGGCGUGGGUGGGCUCUCUGUCGAUGGGAAUGAUCUUUUUCUGCUCUCCGAUCGUCAGCGUGUUCACCGAUCUGUUCGGCUGCAGGAUCACGGCGGUGACCGGGGCAGCGGUGGGUCUGGUCGGCCUCUUGGGCAGUUCCUUUGUCAAGUCUCUUGGUGCACUGUAUUUUACCUACGGUGUUGUGUUCGCAUGCGGAUGCUCGUUCGCAUAUCAGCCCAGUCUCGUUAUCCUCGGUCAAUACUUCAAGAAGCGCCUGGGUUUGGUGAACGGCGUGGUGACGGCGGGCAGCAGUGUGUUUACCGUGUCUCUGCCCCCUCUGCUGUCCUACCUGCUGGACCGAUUUGGCCUGCACAACACCCUGCGCGCCCUCUGCGUCCUCAUGGUCAUCCUCGUCCUGGCCGGCUUCACCUACAAGCCCCGCUUCCCCCAGCAGAAGACGGAGUCCAAGAGGGCGUCGCUGAGAAAGAUCUGUAACGUGCAGAUCUGGAGGAGUCUGAGCUACCGGAUCUGGGCUUUCGGAAUCCCCGCUGCUCUUUACGGAUACUUCGUCCCCUACGUCCACCUGAUGAAGCAUGUAGAGGAACGUUUUGGUGCUGAUGCAAAUAAAGAAGUUCUGCUGAUGUGUCUUGGAAUCACAUCUGGAGUCGGACGUCUCAUCUUUGGCCAAGUGGCUGAUUACGUACCUGGAGUGUACAAAGUAUACCUGCAGGUGGCGUCGUUUUUGGUGAUAGGCGUGAUGUCCAUGCUGAUACCCUUGUGUAACGUGUUCGGUGGGCUGAUCGCUGUGUGUUUGUUGAUGGGAUUGUUCGACGGAUGUUUUAUCUGCAUCAUGGCUCCCAUCGCCUUCGAGCUGGUCGGCUCACAGAACGUCUCUCAGGCCAUCGGCUUCCUGCUGGGCAUGAUGUCAGUGCCAAUGACUGUGGGACCCCCCAUUGCAGGUUAUCUGCGUGACCGGCUGGGCAGUUACGACGUGGCUUUCUACCUGGCUGGAAUCCCUCCUCUGAUUGGUGGAGCCGUGCUGUGUUUCAUCCCGUGGGUAGAGAACAGAAGAAGAAGGUCGGAGAAAAUGAAUAAAGCCAAGGACACUGGCGAUGGAAUGCUAACAGAUGUGCCCACCAAUGGUACACACAAGGACAUGUCGAAUAAUGCAGAGUCUGUUAUCUAAAACACACACACACACAUUCUGAAAAUGUGUUGGUCAUAGGAGUAAGACACAUUCACGGGCUGUCAUGGUAAUGCUAAGAAACAUUCAUGUAUAAAUCUUGUAAUCUUGCACCGUCCACUGCUAAAAAUCUGUUUGGAAGGAGAACCUGGUCCAUGCUUCAUCAGAGACGCUUUAAAGAGCCACUUGGAUCAUUUUUAGAAAGCCGGCAGCAUUGAUGAUUGAGGUUCAGUGGUGGAAAUCUUUCUGCCAUGCAAGACAAGACAUGGUGGGUUUAAAUCCUAGACCAUGUCUACGUUUGGUUUUCUCAUGUGGAAGCUUUUUGAAGAACAGGCUGCAUUCCAAACCGCAUAUGUGAGUGUUAGUGACACUAUGUUUCUGCUCAUUUCAUUUCCACAGAAUUUAAUUUCAUAGCUGAAGCCCAACCCUGGUCCAUUCAUCUUUACUCUUUCAUUUAAUCUUUACUGGACAAUCACUGGACCUGGGUUGGGAGCAUCGGCUUCUCUGAGGGCUUCGUUAGGAUAAAAAUAUAAAUCAGGCUGAUCCUACUGUGAGGGUGAAACAGUCCCAGCAGGAGCUCACAUUGCUUUAAAUUUGUACAGAUUUGUGAAUGAGACAUGCAGCACCAAUGCAUGUGCUCUGUCAUCCAGAUGUUGUGCGUUUGAGUGCUGAUAUUGCUGCAAGCCAUCAGUGGCCGGGAGCUAAAUGCCUGUACUCCGGGAGGAAAAGUGGCAUUUCUGACACCAGCCAGUCUUUGCGUCUCUGAGUAAAAUAUUUAAAUAGAUGCAACAUACCUCGAUUUCGAGCUUUGGAAAAAUCAGCCGACUGUCGGCUUUCUUAUCAGGUUUACAGUAAAGCUAAUUCUGCUGCUAUUGUCUUUAAAUGGUACGAAAUUACUUGCUCAGAUUUGACUGACGCACUGCAAUCAAUUGAGGAUUUACGGCCUCGUUUAGCUUACGGACCCAACCUUGACAACCUGGCAGACAUGGGGCUUGAACCAGCGACCUUCCAACUGAUUACCAGUUAAGCUCUCACCUGCCGAGCCACCGUUGACUUGACACGUUUAGUGAUGAAUCUUCUGAACAAAAUGUGACUUCCUAACAUUUAUUUCGUUUAAAUGAAUCAUAACUAUGAAGAUACAGUAUAUGGCCUGAUGUAUUGGGACACCAGAGCAUGAGCUUGUUGAACAUCCCAUUCCAAAACCCUGGGCAUUUAUACUGAAUUGCCUCUGUUAUUUGUAAUUACCAUAACAGCCCAAGUAAAACAGACACACACACACAGUUUAGCAUAUUUACAUGUCUAAGGGAAAACGUUCAUGCUUUAAUAUACAUUGUUUAGGAGAAUGUUUUUAAUUAUCGGUGCUUUAAUGAUGCAACAUUUUGUUUAUUUUUAUAUUCAGUUUUCUUUUAAAUAGAAUAAAAAGGAAUCUGUUUUUUAGUUUUAGCUUAGCAUAAAAUACUUGUUAUUUAAAUUCAGAACUGAUGUUUAUUAUAUAAGGAUACAUUUCAGGGAGACUGGAUUUUUAUUCUUCCAGAACCAGACAAUCAAUGUUAUAAAUCAGUUGUACAAAGUAUGCGAGACUGUAAACAUUAACAGCUCUGCUUUCAUUAUUCUGAGGUAUUUUUAUAGCUUUUAAUGUUUUAUCAGUAUUUUAUAUAAAUAUGUACAAUUUGAGUUGGAAACCAAAGACGAUCAGUUUAAUCUGCACUCUUCUGAAAGUAUUCCUGUCAAUGUUAAAUAUGAAUUCAUGUAGAAACAGAAGCAUUCUUAAAUCUUUGCUUUGCUUUUUAUUUAGUCUUCUAUGCAACAUGCCAAAGAAAAUCUUUACUGAUCCAUUUUCUGUGAGUUUAGAUGCACAUAGAAACGCAAUUCGCUUUUUUUUUUUUUUUUUUUAAAUGUAAUUAGGUAUCAAUACAAAGCCAAAGAUGAAGUAUUGAAUAUUGACUCUAGGAACUUUAGAAAUCAUUUCAGUUUUUUAACGCUGCAGUAUCAUUUUUAUAAAUGUUUGAAAUCUGUGCUUUCAUUUCUCUAUGCAAUAUGAAUAUGAAUGUCAGUUUUACACCAAGUGCUCUUAAAUGCUGCAAUAAAUGUUCGUUACGCAUUACAGAUAACCAGUCAGGAAUGUAGCGGAACAAAACGGGUUCCACGAGUGAGGUGAAUAGGAACUCCUGACCAUUUAGUUUUUUGCUGAUAUGUAUUUAAAAUAUAGACACUGAUAUAGACUUACAAUCUCUAAACAUCUAGCUGAAAUCCACAAAGUUGAAUCAGUUCAUCUGGACACAAGUUCACAAGUUCAUCUGGACACAAGUAUCUCUACAACAAACUUGUGUCCAGAUGAACUGAUUCAACUUUGUGGAUUUGUGUACCUGGAUUAUUGAGCAUGCAUCAACAGAUCUAUUCAUUAGGAAUAAACAAAGGGAUCAGAGUGUCUGAUUACAUACUGCAAUCUGUGUUUUUAUAUUAUUAACCUCCCUUAAAGACAAUUCUCAUUUUUAGUGUGUUUCCUAACAGCAAGUGCUUGUUUUAAUGGGGUGGCUCAUGAGUAAUGUACAAAAAUGUACAUCUUGAAAGCUCCACCUAGGAAAAACCUGGCAACAUCAAAUCAUGAUAAAACCUGCAUGGUGUAAUAGCUAGUGAGGCAGAACCGUAACGCACCUAAUAUAACAGUAUUUAAAAUGACACCAUUACUACACCAUAAAUGAUUCCUCAAUUUGUUAAUCACAGGUAAUUAUGGGAGGUAAUUUUUUUCUUUUUUAAGUGCCUUUAAUAACAAUAACAAUAUCGUGUGGGCUGAUUAUCAAUGAUCAGUGUGCCUGUACAACAUGAUUUGUUUUGGCACUUUUUAGGCAUUUUUGCAGUUUACAUUCAUCCUAAUCUCCAUCUGUAGGUUUAUUAAAAUAAUCUACCUCAAUUUACACACAGAUGCUUUACAGAAAUCUCAACAUUUUGGAAUUUGUUGCAUUAACUCACAGCUGAAAGUUAAGCUCAGACCUCAGCGGUGAAGGGCUUGUGCAUUAGACUGCUUCAUCACUCGAGUGCCCCAGUUUAUUUUGGGUUUUUUUUUAGUAGUAAACAGAAUUUCCUGCAAUCCAUGAGUGUUUGAAUGAGGGAAGUUUUAGCAUUAGUUUAGUGCACCAUUAUGCACCAUUAUUUCAUUUACAAGAAAUAUUUACGUCCAUGUGAUUGAUGUUAUGAUUAAAUUCUUUAUUGGCACAUUAAUGUUUGCUUUGUGAAGUUCAUAAAUAAUAUUAGAUUUUAAUCUACUUAAUGUAUUCCAUAAAAAUUCAUGUAAUGUCUCUCAGGAAACGUCCAAUAGGAAAAGAUCGCAACAAUUUAAAUGCUUAACAAUAACAUCAAACAUGCUAGCUUAACUAGAUAAAUUAAACAAAAUUAUGCUUAUUUCAAUUUAAGGCCAUAAAAGAAUAAAACAUUUUUGGUUAAAAUAUGUUUUAGUGUGUUCAACAUCGGCUUCGUUCCAAACGCUACAACACAAUGAAUCUGUCCUAGCAAGACAUCAUGAUUCUGCUGUAGAGUGCUAGUCUUAUAUGUAAUUUGCUAAUUACCUAGGUAAACACGUUAUCAGAUAGCUAUGUAAUAGCCUACAAUAUGCAGCUGUGCCGCAUGUUAUCAUAUUAUCAUAUAUUCUUAGUAGCAUUUUCUUUAUUUAAGGAUCUUGUUUUUGAUGUUGCGUUGAAUAAAUACAUUUCUUUUUGUUUCUUUUUUUAUUAGCAACUGUUCUUUGUAGUUGCCUUUACGAAUAACUUAUCUUUGUGAUGUUUACUGUGCCUUUUUUCCCGACAUGUUGUUGGAAUAAACUGUAGGAAAAACCCUACGUUUAGGACACAGCUCUACAUGUGUUCCUUUGUAUUAUGAUUCAGUACUGAUAUAUUAUUCAUGCAGUGUUGUUUUCUUUAUCAGUUUCAGUUUAAUUGAUGAUAAUUUUAAAUACAACUGAUUAUUGCUAUUUAUUGUUUUAUCCAGCUGUAUGUGAAAAAUACAUUUUGUGAAAAUGCAAUAAAAACAUUUUUUACAACUG